UAAAUUUGUUACAAUUUUUUAUUUAAAUUAGUAUAAUUCCUUAGCGAAUGACACAUGUCAGCUCGUUAAAAAUGGUUCGUUCGGCGAACCACAGAUCGUUGAAUGAUCGUCCGAAAUGAAUGAUGUAACGUGUCUGCGACUGAUAAAUCGUUUGAAAAUCAUCGUGCACGUUUCUUUGUAUUUGUUGGAGAAAUACGGUUGAUCGGAGUUCAAGAAUUAUCAAUGACACGUGGUACCCCGACUACCGGAUCGUGCAAGGCCUAGCUGACCAGUGGUGAUUUUAGCAUGACCGAGGAUAACCAGUUAACACUAGCUCUGAACGCGUACGCAGAUAAAGAGUCUGCACCAGCGUUUAUUUCUCCCAUGACGAUUUAAAUUCUUCCCUAUGAUCGCAUUUUACCCCUUGAAAAAACACAUGACGCGACACUUGACACUCUGUACUCGGAGUGUAAAAAAUAAAACAGUAUAAUAAAGAAAUGUAUCGGUCUGAUAAAGACAAAUGUCGAAUAAUUUCAACAAAUGUUUCAAGCAGAUUUAAAGGAAAUGUCUGUCUUAUAUUAACAAAUUUAAUACAAAAUUUACCACCUAAUUGCGAGAAGAAAUACGAAUUUUCGAAAUGAAUUGACUUUAUUCCUUGCAUGUGCCAAAGAAAAAAUUGUUUCCUGCAUCGAUGUGAUGUGUAAAAGUAAAAAGUAAAAAGUAAAAAGUACAAAAGUUUGAAAUUUAGAAACUUGUUACCAACUAUUAAUAAAAAUAGUUUAAAUGGACGGUGACUUUUUAGACACCCCGUAUAAACAUGUAGCACGCGUCGUUUGUUAAUAUUUUUGUUCGAUAUGUGCAUAUGGUCGCAACGAAAGAAAAAUGCAUUCGCGAGUAACGGUUAGAUGUGAAACUUAUGUCACGUGUAGAAGAUUAUUCAUUGGUUGUUUAAUCAUGUACAAUUUAUGGAAGGAAAAUCAUAUUUUUCGGGCCAUGAUUUGUCUUCAUAUGCAAGGCGGUGGUGCUUAUUCGUAUAUGGACAUUGGGGAAGACAUCGGUGUCCCUGAAGAUUUUACAACUAGUGAAAUGGUCUCUGGAAUGUGGUGGCGACAUUUGGUGUCUGGCGGAGUAGCGGGUGCUGUUUCGCGCACGUGUACCGCGCCUUUGGAUCGAGUUAAAGUCUACCUACAGGUUCAUGGAACGCGACACUGCAAAAUCUUGAGUUGCAUCGGGUAUAUGCUUCGCGAGGGUGGAAUGACUAGUUUGUGGAGAGGGAAUGGUAUAAACGUACUUAAAAUUGGACCAGAGAGCGCACUGAAAUUCAUGGCCUACGAGCAGAUUAAAAAAGCAAUCAAAGGAGACGAUGUCAGAGAGCUUGGUCUUUACGAACGAUUAAUGGCAGGAUCUUUAGCAGGAGGAAUCAGUCAGUCCGCCAUAUACCCACUCGAGGUACUCAAAACUAGGUUGGCGCUUAGAAAAACAGGAGAAUUUGCAGGACUGGUCGACGCGACAAAAAAAAUAUACCGUCAAGGAGGCUUGAAGUCCUUCUACAGAGGUUAUGUCCCUAAUUUAAUGGGAAUAAUUCCGUACGCCGGUAUCGACCUGGCUGUAUACGAAACAUUGAAGAAUAGGUAUUUAAGAACACACGACAAGAACGAACAACCCCCAUUUUGGAUAUUAUUAUUAUGCGGAACAACUUCCAGUACAGCAGGUCAAGUGUGUUCAUAUCCGCUAGCUCUAGUCAGGACACGGUUGCAAGCAGAUAUAUCGUCCGAUAAAUUUCCUAAUACCAUGGUUGGUGUUUUUAAAGAAAUUAUUAGGAAAGAAGGAGUUCGUGGUUUAUAUAGAGGCAUAACGCCAAAUUUCUUAAAGGUGGCUCCAGCUGUAUCGAUUAGCUACAUAGUGUAUGAGAAUGUCAGGGGACUGUUGGGUGUCAAUAUGACGUGAUGAAUAUUUAUGUUAGGUGAUAUUAAUUUAACUAAAUUAUUCUUUAACUACAUUUUAAGAUGUACGAGCCAGGCGAUCAUCGGCUAGUAUAAUUGAACGUAACGCCGCUUAUUUAUUAUUAACUUGAGGCUUCCUCGAUUAUUUAAGCAUUUGCCAUUCUAUUUUUCGGAUGUACCGUGCUAUUGGCGUACGCUACUAACAAUACAUUUGUGAAAGAUUUUAAGUAAAAAGCUAAGUGUAAUAAAACGGCCAGCAUAGGGAAUUUAAAUUACAUUCUAAUGAACUCAUAUGUACACUUUGUGUAUACGUUCGAUACAUCGCAUUGACGAUUUAAUUCUAUUCACUGUUAUUACUUACAUUCAUAUUUUCCUUCCAUGAAGCAAAAUGACAGUGUAGAUCCUUAAUUUCAAAAUAGAAACGAUAGUACAAAGAUCUUUAGAAAAAAAGUAUUAUGAUUUAUGAUUUCAUUAAAAUUUUUUCUUUCUUUUUUUUUCUUUUUUUUUUAUGGGAGGAAAGAAUAGAGGAACACAUUUGGUUGGUGUAAUAUUAGGACAAAGGUUUUCAUACAAUUCGCAAGGUAUUCUAAAAAAAAUUAAGUACUAUAUACACGAGACGUAAUUUUAUCAAAAUGUAAACGAAGAUAUUCCUUCAGCAUAUAGUAGAUAAUGUUACAAAUUGUGAAAAUAGAGGGGGGAGGGUGAUUGGAUUAUAUUGAUACUGUGAUAUAUAUGGUUAUAAGCUAAAUUGAAAAUGUGAUUUUAUGAAUAAUAUUUCGGUAGUCGAUUCUUCGUUACCGAAAUUUUAUGCUGUGAAUCGCAUAAAAACUGCACGUUUCACCAAUCUUUUUUAUAGUUUGUAUGUUACAACUUGCUUCGUAAACGGGUUACUGUACCCUCGAUAUUACGCGUUACUUGUCACGUUUGUUCCAACCUAAUUCAUUCCCUAGCUAAUGAAUUUUGUGAACAAGUUGUGGAUAUCGUGUAUAUUAUAAAUAUGUACAGUUACGCUUUAUGAAAGUGCAUCGCGAGAUAGUAUCGUAUCCGUGUUUGUUCGAUUCUCUCUUCAAAAUAAUUGUGAAAAUAAUUAUGAGUAACAAACGAUGAAGAUGAAGAAACAAUAAUUUCAUAAUGUACUUUGAACGUAAUGAACAUAACGAACGUAAGCUACUAUUCGUGCAUACGUUUUCAAAUAAAAGGUACUUUAUCAUUUUCUCCAUCACUUUUUAUAUAGGAAAGGUAUGAUAUAGCGAAGCAGUCAAAUGCAAAAUUACGAAACCAUUUUUGGAGGUUAUGAUAGCAUUUACCGUUUAGAAUGUUUAGAUACCUUGUACAGGAAAAGAUGAUAAUUCAAUGAACAUUUGAUUAGUUUUAAGUUAUACGGCAGUCACGAUGUUUUCAGAAUAAGUUCUGUAAAUAAUUCUGAUAAAUUGAAAGAAACUCUAAAAGACUAUUUUAAUGCGACACGAGAAAUUAAAACAUUUUAUAGCGUUAUACAGUUCUAAUGAAAGUAACAUAUAAUUUUGUUCAAAGCGCGAUACGAAUCGGUAAAAUUUUUUAGUUCUUUUUAUGGCCCGAUAUUCAUGUACACGUAAGAUUUUUGUAAAAAAAUAAAUAUAUAAUUUAUAAAUUACUCUAAAAAA